GGAUUCAUUAACACUGGUCUCAUGCAUCUCCUUUGGCUGGUGUCUGUGAACCCUCAUCAUAGGCGCCACCGCCAGCGUUUAGCUUCUCGAGAGGAACCUCAGACUCAGGCCCAGGGUUUUCUGGCUGGUUAACACUGAGAUACAAACUUUGAUAUGUUCACAUUAACUUUUGUUUGUUGGGUGCUGUCAGACAAGAGCACAUCAGGCUGGGCACAGCGCAUCAGGCUGGGCACACCUCACGCGCACAGAGCACCAGGCUGGGCACACAUCACGCGCACAGCACAUCAGGCUGGGCACACGUCACGCGCACAGCGCAUCAGGCUGGGCACACGUCACGCGCACAGAGCAUCAGGCUGGGCACACCUCACGUGCACAGAGCAUCAGGCUGGGCACACCUCACGCGCACAGAGCAUCAGACUGGGCACACCUCACGCGCACAGAGCAUCAGGCUGGGCACACCUCAUGUGCACAAUGGGAAAUGAGUGAUAUUUCUGUUAGAUAAGAACUUACUGUCAUUUCACAGUUCACAAUUUUCGAGUAUUUUACAAAACACCAAUAUCAAAUUCUCAUCUGUCUAACCUGUUUUAGAAGCGAAGGUUUUAUUUUAGCCUUUCCGCAGUUUUAAACGCCAGUGGUUGGUUUUACAGCAGAGAAUAUUUACUGCUGGUGGCCUUCACAAUAGGUGUUUGCACGCAUCCUUAAAAACCUCUCCCACAUGGCUUGCAUUUCUUUUAAUUUUUAUACAACUAUUUAAUAUGAAAAUUCAAUAGCUUAACAGAAACUAAAACAGCUUAAGGAAGAGAAAAUGGCUUCCUGUGAGACUGAAGGUCACCUCUGGCCAGUGGCAGUCUCAUGGGAGGAGCCUUGUAUCUAUUACAAGGUGCAGGUGUUGUUGAUCUUUUAAGGGUCCAAGCGUUAGCCUUCCCUACAGAACCAGUCUUCUGGGAGGUGUGAGUCUGGGUGACAAAGCUAAUUGAAGUUUACAGAAGAGUGAUUCAUUGUCACCCCAAGGAAAGCUGCCUGCCCUGACAGUGUCUCCUUAAAUAGUGGUGUCCAAUUUCACAGAGAGGACAAGUCUGGAAGCCCUUGUGUUAAGUAGCCCAGAAUCUGCCCUCAGCUUCUGCCUUUGCAGGGCUGUGUUCUGUCCUUGGUCUGAGCACUCACCCUCUCCCAGGGCACCGGUGACAAAGCCCAGUUACUGGCAUGGGCAUGGCGUAUCCUGAGGGAGCUGCGGACACACGCUGGGCACACCUCAUGCGCACAGAGCAUCAGGCUGUGGACAGCGGCAUGUCUCGGCAUCCUUGCCAUGGCAGGGCCGAGGGCAGCCUGGUCACCAGGGCAAGAGCAUGAGUGGGAGGGUGUGGCCCACAGCAGGGCCCUCAGCGGUUCCCAGCACCCUGUUCCCUUAUCCACUCAGGAAGAGGCCUGACCAGGCCCCUGUCUCUCAGCAUGCCUCUGACCAAAAGUGACGUAGCAGGUGAUGUGAACAUCACCAUGUUGAAGGUCCUGUGAGGACCAAGGGCACGGGGUUCAACAGAAGAUUUUCUUCCAGGGCAAGGCCAGUAGGAGGCCAGCUGCGAGUGAUGGACGCUGAUACGUGCUGUUCUGGGUGGGAGGUCAGCUGUGGGUACCACAUGACCAGACUCACUCCCUCAUCCUGUGGAAUGAGGCAGGCAUCGCCUUCACUUCCCACUUCGCAUACAGGAAAAAUGGAGGCAGUAACUUAUUCAAGAUCAAAGACCUCGCAAGAGGCAAAGAAUAACCAAACACAAAAAACCUAACUAUCCAAGGGCGUCUUUCCCAGCAAACCUGCAGCUCGUCCUUGUUCUCCGGCCCACGGGGUUUUUCCAGAGGACUCUCUCAGACAUCGCCUUCAAGUUCAACAGAGAUGACUUUAAGAUGAAAGUUCCGGUCAUGAUGCUAGGCUCAGUGCCAGAAUUACACGGCUACAUUGACAAGUCACAGCUGACCGAGGACCUCGGGGGGACCCUGGACUACUGCCACUCCAGGUGGCUGUGCCACCGCACAGCAAUCGAAAGCUUUGCCCUGAUGGUGAAGCAGACAGCCCAGAUGCUGCAGACCUUUGGGACUGAGCUGGCAGAGACAGAACUGCCGAACGAUGUCCAGUCAACCAGCUUGGUGCUCAGCGUUCACACAGAGAAGAAGGCGAAGGCGAAGGAGGAUCUUCAGUUGGCACGGAAGGAGGGGAACAGCAUCCUUGAGAGCCUCAGGGAGCCACUGGCGGAGAGCACGUCCCACAGCGUGAACCAGGACCAGCUGGACAACCAGGCCACUGUGCAGAGGCUCCUGGCCCAGCUGAACGAAACUGAGGCUGCCUUCGAUGAGUUUUGGGCAAAGCAUCAGCAGAAGCUGGAACAGUGCCUGCAGCUGCGGCAUUUUGAGCAAGGUUUCCGGGAGGUCAAAACUACCUUGGAUUCCAUGUCCCAGAAGAUAGCCGCCUUCACUGACGUUGGCAACAGCCUGGCACACGUGCAGCACCUCCUGAAGGACUUGACCAGCUUUGAGGAGAAGUCCAGUGUGGCUGUGGACAGGGCCCGAGCUCUGUCGCUGGAAGGCCAGCAGCUGAUUGAGAACAAACACUACGCUGUGGACUCCAUCCACCCCAAGUGUGAGGAGCUCCAGCACCUCUGUGACCACUUCGCCUCCGAGAUCACCAGGAGGAGGGCCCUUCUCAGCAAGUCCCUGGAGCUGCACAGCCUCCUGGAGAUGUCGAUGAAGUGGUGUGACGAGGGCAUCUUCCUGCUGGCCUCGCAGCCUGUGGACAAAUGCCAGUCCCAGGAUGGCGCCGAGGCCGCCCUCCAGGAAAUCGAGAAGUUUUUGGAGACUGGCGCAGAGAACAAGAUUCAGGAGCUCAAUAAGAUUUACAAAGAAUAUGAAUGCAUCCUCAACCAGGACCUUCUGGAACAUGUGCAAAAAGUCUUCCAGAAGCAAGAGAGCACUGAGGAGAUGUUCCACCGCAGGCAGGCCAGCCUGAAGAAACUGGCAGCCAAGCAGACGCGGCCUGUGCAGCCUGUGGCCCCCCGACCAGAGGCGCUCACCAAGUCCCCCUCCCCCUCACCAGGCUCCUGGCGAAGCUCUGAGAACUCCAGCUCUGAAGGCAGCGCACUCCGCAGAGGGCCCUACAGGAGAGCCAAGAGUGAAAUGAGUGAGACCCGGCAGGGCCGCAGCAGUUCCACCGGGGAUGAGGAAGAGAACCUGGCCAUCCUGCGCAGACAUGUGAUGAAUGAACUCCUGGACACGGAGCGGGCCUAUGUGGAAGAACUGCUCUGUGUCUUAGAGGGCUACGCCGCAGAGAUGGACAACCCCUUGAUGGCACACCUCAUCUCAACGGGCCUGCAAAACAAGAAGAGCAUUCUGUUUGGAAACAUGGAGGAAAUCUAUCACUUCCAUAACAGAAUAUUCCUGCGGGAGCUGGAGAGCUGCAUAGACUGCCCAGAGCUGGUGGGGAGGUGUUUCCUGGAGAGGAUGGAGGAGUUCCAGAUCUACGAGAAGUACUGUCAGAACAAGCCACGGUCCGAGAGCCUGUGGAGACAGUGCUCUGACUGUCCCUUCUUCCAGGAGUGUCAGAAGAAGCUGGACCACAAGCUGAGCCUCGACUCCUACCUGCUGAAACCUGUGCAGAGGAUAACCAAGUACCAGCUGCUGCUCAAAGAAAUGUUGAAGUACAGCAAGAACUGCGAGGGGGCAGAGGACCUGCAGGAGGCGCUGAGCUCCAUCCUUGGCAUCCUCAAGGCGGUGAACGACUCCAUGCACCUCAUCGCCAUCACUGGCUAUGACGGAAACCUCAGUGACCUGGGGAAGCUGCUGAUGCAAGGCUCCUUCAGCGUCUGGACAGACCACAAGAAGGGCCAUACCAAAGUGAAGGAGCUAGCCAGGUUCAAGCCCAUGCAGCGCCACCUGUUUCUGCACGAGAAGGCUGUCCUCUUCUGCAAGAAGAGGGAGGAGAACGGGGAGGGGUAUGAGAAGGCUCCUUCCUACAGCUACAAGCAGUCCUUAAAUAUGACAGCGGUUGGCAUCACAGAGAAUGUGAAGGGUGACGCCAAGAAGUUCGAGAUCUGGUACAAUGCAAGAGAGGAGGUUUACAUCAUUCAGGCCCCAACUCCUGAGAUUAAAGCAGCGUGGGUGAAUGAGAUCCGGAAGGUUCUGACCAGCCAGCUUCAGGCCUGCCGGGAAGCCAGCCAACACAGAGCCCUGGAACAGUCCCACAGCCUACCUUUGCCUGCGCCGUCCAGCACCAGUCCCACGAAAGGGAGCACAAGAAAUGUCAAGAAGCUCGAAGACAGAAAGACAGACCCCCUGAGCCUGGAAGGAUAUGUGAGCUCGUCAUUGCCAAAGCCCCCCGAGAAGGGCAAAGCCUCUCCGACCAGUCCUGACAAAAAAGCUAAGCGGCAUGAAGUAAAGAGCGACCCGACUCCCUUUGGUUUGCGAGGCUGGAGCAAAACAUCCCACUCUCUGGAAGCCCCUGAGGAAGACGGAGGCUGGUCCAGUGCUGAGGAGCUCAUCAAUUCAUCGGAUGCAGAGGAAGAUUGUGGAGUGGGCUCCAAGAAGCUGGCUCCCGGUAAAUACACGGUGGUGAUGGGUGACGAGAAGGAGGGCCCUGACACGCUUGCCAUGAGGAGUGGAGAUAUGGUGGAAGUAGUGGAGGAGGGCGCUGAGGGGCUCUGGUAUGUCCGGGACCUGACCAGCAGCAAGGAGGGAUGGGUGCCAGCCAGCAGUCUGUCCACCCUCCUGGGCAAAUCCAGUUCAGCUCAGUGUCUGAGCAGCUCAGACUCCAGUCCAGGGUCAGCCGUGCUGAGCAACUCCUCCAGCUGCAGCGAGGGCUGCCCCACCCCCUUCUCCGAGCUCCAGGGAUAGUGGCCAGGCCUCUGUGGCGGGCACUCGAGGCCACCGUGCAGUAGACCAGCAUGCAAAUCUCUAAGUUUUCUUUUGCUUGGGCUUGCUUGGCGUGGGAGGGGAUGGUGCUCAGAGACAGCCUGCGACAGGAGGACCUUAUCAACCGCGGGCUUUAGCGGACACUGGGGCCUUGGCACCAGGACCCCACUGCAUGCGCUGAAGCCGGGAGACAGCAGUCCACCACCAAAGCUACUUUUAAAACUCCAGAGUGGACAGAGGAGGAGGGGCUCGGGUCAGGAGACCCCUGUGCAGAAAGGUGGGAGAUGCCCUUUCUCAUACUUGGGCAGCCAACAGACCCUGCUGUGCAGCCUCUCCAAGGUGUCCUGACCUCUCUGGUGCUUGCUAUGGGAACAGCAUCCCAAGGAAGACACUUGUAACGGGAUUGGACAGUUUGCUACCAACAGCCCAGAGGGGACCAAGGGGCUCUUGUCUUUUCUAAGUCUUUGAUUUUUUUUUUAAACAGGGAUUAAUCCCAUGGCCAUUUUUUUGUGGCACUCUGGCCUCAAAUCUUUACCAAGAAUCACUGUGUUUACAUGAAAUGACGAUUUGAUACUGUAUUUGAUAGAAAACUAUUUUUUUGUUACGGGGUUUGCAUCGAAGCACGUUGUUUAUACAACUAAGUGAUUUCUGGGCGCUCUCCCUGAGACCUGGUGAGUCUCCACCACCAGAAGCAGCUGGAAAUCACGGAGAGUCCUACAUCCGUAUAGGUUCUGUUUCCACAAGAAAUGUAAAGUAUAAUUUAAAAUAUUAACCUUCUUUUUUACGAUAAAAAGGAGACUCUCCAUUUUUUUAAAAGAAUGUCAUUAAAUUAGGAUAUUUUUAUUAUUUUUAAAGAAAAUGUAAAAAUCCAUGCUGUCAGCCAUCCUCAGCAGCACAGGCACCGGCUGCCUCUCCGCAUCAGGGCAGGCCCCGCCUCCCCUUCCCUCGCUCAUGGGGGACCUGCAGCCUUCAUUCAAGUCAUGGCAGAACUGUCACAAAACUGUUGUUUUACCCCUUUUUGUGUGUGUCUGAGAAACAAAUUCUGUUCUUUGGAAACUUUCUGUGCCCAGUAGGGCAGAUAUUUUUAUAUGUAUGUAUAUAUAUGUUCAUGUGUGUACAUAUGGUCUGGGUAUAAAGGAUGUAUUUAUGGUCUCAUGCUGCUGAACCUCUGUCACUUUACGGUCCCUCCCUGUCUCCUCACCCUGCUGCCAUGGGAGGCCACCGAGGCUCGUUCACCAUUGUAUGUCCAGGUAAAAUGCCCCCUCCCUUAACCCCCUGUGGCUUGCAGAGCCAUUGCUAGCCACACCUUCAGAGAAUGGUAAUAAAAUAAAAACCGUGCAAAGA